GAGGCGGCUCCGCUCCCAAUCCUGCUCCCAGCUCCGCUCUCAGCCCCAUGGAGGCAGAGCCCCCGGGCCAGAAACCCCCUCGGCGGAGACGCAGCAGGGCCAGCAGCCCGCCCCGCCCGGCGGACGGCACCCCCGGCGCGGCCGCCUCCUGCAGCCGGUACCCCCUGAGGAGAGGCAGCUCCUUCACAUUCCUGACUCCAGGCCCACACUGGGAUUUCACCCUGAAGAGGAAGCGCCGCGAGAAGGACGAUGACGUGGUGAGCCUGAACAGCCUGGACUUCAAGGAGCCCAGCACCAAGCGGGUCCGGCCCCUGGCUCGGGUCACGUCCUUGGCAAACUUGAUCUCUCCGGUCCGAAAUGGGGCCGUUCGGCGCUUCGGGCAGACCAUCCAGUCGUUCACCCUCCGCAGCGACAGCAAAUCCCCCGGCUGUUCCCAGAAAUCCUGGAGCAGAUCCGCCGCUCCCACGCCCCCAAAAAGAAGGAACAGCGUCCUCUGGUCAGAAAUGUUGGAUGUCAACACCAAAGAGUCCCUGAGCUCCAAGGAAAUCAAGCGCCAGGAGGCCAUAUAUGAGAUGUCCAGGGGAGAGCAGGACCUGAUCGAAGACCUCAAACUCGCCAGGAAGGCCUACCACGAUCCCAUGCUCAAACUCUCCAUCAUGUCCGAGGAGGAGCUCACCCACAUCUUUGGGGACUUGGAUUCCUACAUCCCCCUGCACGAGGACUUAUUGGCAAGUUUAGGAGAGGCAACAAAACCAGACGGGACGGUGGAGCAGAUUGGGCCCAUUCUUGUGAAGUGGCUCCCACGGCUCCACGCCUACAAAGGCUACUGCAGCAACCAGCUGGCAGCCAAGGCCCUGCUGGACCAGAAGAAGCAGGACAGGAGAGUCCAGGACUUCCUGCAGCGCUGCCUGGAGUCUCCCUUCAGCCGCAAGCUGGACCUCUGGAGCUUCCUGGACAUCCCGCGGAGCCGGCUGGUGAAGUACCCGCUGCUCCUCAAGGAGAUCCUGCGGCACACGCCCAAGGACCAUCCCGACAUCCACAUCCUGCAGGAGGCCAUAUCCAUAAUCCAAGGGGUCCUCUCCGACAUCAACCUGAAGAAGGGCGAGUCCGAGUGCCAGUACUACAUCGACAAGCUGGAAUACCUGGAUGAGAAGCAGAAGGAUCCAAGGAUUGAAAGCAGCAAAGCUCUGCUGUGCCACGGGGAGCUGAAGAAUAAAAACGGACAUAAGCUCUACGUGUUCCUCUUCCAAGACAUCCUGGUGCUGACCCGGCCGGUGACCCGCAACGAGCGCCAGGCCUUCCAGGUGUACCGGCAGCCCAUCCCCGUGCAGGACCUGCUCCUGGAGGACCUCCAGGACGGGGAUGUGAAGAUGGGAGGAUCCUUCCGAGGAGCUUUCGGCAACUCCGACAAAGCCAAGAACAUCUUCCGGGUGCGAUUCCAGGAUUCCGGGCCGGGCCAUUCCCACACGCUGCAGGCCAACGACGUGUUCCACAAGCAGCAGUGGGUGAACUGCAUCCGCGGCGCCAUCGCCCCCUUCCAGAGCUCCGCGGCCCCCUCCGAGCUCCAGGAGCUGCCGGAGCUGCGCGAGGAAUCCGAGGAGAACAACCCCUGCGUGCCCAACGUCCCGGCCCGCCGGCGCCGCUCCGCAAUAUCCCACAUGGAGCUGGACGAGGGCGCGGCCGAGCGCGGCUCCUCCGUCCUGGACUCGGGGGAAUCCAGAGCAGGGGGGAAAGCCCCCAGAGCCUCGGCCGGGCUGAGGAGAUCCAGGGAGAGGCAGCUCAGUGGGAAGCGGAAAGAAACGCUGGUGUAGGGAGAAGAGGAGCCCCGGAGCGGGUUCCUUCCCUCGUUCCCGGGGGGAAAACUGUUUAUUUAUAAAUAACGCCGUGUACAUUUGUGGAA